UGCGUCAUACCGCGCGACGGAAGUAGUGAGCGAUUGCUGCUGUUUAUGUGAAGCGCUGGGGGAUCGUGCGGUGCUGGUGAAAGAUGCCGGCGGGGAAAAACUUCCGGAGACGAAGAGCUUCAUCCUCCGAGGAAGAAGAGGAAGAUGAGGUCACUAAAGCCGUCAGAAUGAAGCUUGAAGAAGCCAAGGAAGUGCAGAGCCUGAGGAGACGGCCAAAAGGAGUCAGUGCGGCUGCCCUUUUGGUGGGUGAAAAACUGCCAGAAGAGGCCAUACUGGCGGAUGACCCUUUCAAGAUAAAAUCUGGAGGGAUGGUGGAUAUGAAGAAACUAAAAGAACUUGGCAAGGAAAAGAUCGGAGAAGAAGAUGACUUGAACUUGGGCACAUCUUUCUCUGCGGAGACCAACCGACGCGACGAAGAUGCUGACAUGAUGAAGUACAUCGAGACCGAGCUCAAGAAAAGAAAAGGGAUCGUCGAAAACGAAGAGAAAAAAGUCAAAUCAAAAACCGCGGAAGACCUCCUGUAUGAGUUGCCUGAAAAUAUCAACAUCUUGUCUGCAAAGAAAACUGAAGAAAUGUUAUCUAACCAGAUGCUGAGUGGAAUCCCAGAGGUGGACCUUGGCAUAGAUGCAAAAAUCAAGAACAUCAUUUCGACAGAGGAGGCCAAAGCCCGACUUCUUGCAGAGCAGCAAAACAAGAAGAAGGAUAAGCAGACUUCCUUUGUCCCCACCAAUAUGGCCGUCAACUACGUGCAACACAAUCGAUUUUACCAGGAGGAUCAUAGCGCUCCCUUGAGGCGUCACAAAGAGGAACCAAAACCCCGUCCCCUCCGGGUAGGAGACACGGAAAAGCCAGAGCCGGAACGAUCUCCUCCCAACCGCAAGCGGCCAUCCAACGAGAAAGCCACAGAUGAUUAUCAUUAUGAGAAAUUCAAGAAGAUGAACAGACGUUACUGAGCCCAAGACGACCAGACCCCUGUGACUUGCAGGAGGGGGGCUCUAUGGAUUAAAACUUUUGUUUUCAGUGCUAAAUGACAGCCCAAUAAAUGAGUGGCUCGUAUUAAGGACAAUUAAGAGGGGAAAAAAAUCUUUCUGCAUAGAGCUUUAUUUUAAAGCCUUAGUCUUACUGA